AUGUUCUCAUCAUCUAGCUCUACAAACCAGUCCCGCCGCGACGUUGACAGGUCGAACCACUCUCACGCACCAACGAUGAACGGCUACUUGACCGCAAAGAACGCCGGUCGUAGUGCCUCAUUACUCUCACUACCCUUCCUGCAUCCUUCGAGUCACCGCACAUCCAAGCGGGAGAAGCGAUCCAGCGCACUCUCAUACUCCACAUACUCCUCUCAAAACCCCGAUGUCGCGGAGAUGCUCGACGACGACAACAUGUCGUGGGGAAAGACGCCCCGGCAACAUCGCCACCGUCGCUAG